GCCUUUGUCUGGUUUCUUCACCCCAAGCCAAAUUCCCGCUCGUUCUUGGCGUUCGACUUCCAAUGUGAGGCUACUAACCAGGAACCCAUUUUUUCUCAAUGGAAAGCCGUGGAUCCCAGAGGAGGAGAAAUCUCAAGCGAAAACCCCUCUUCGACCUCACCAACACCACCUCUUCCCUCUCGUCCUCCUCCUCCUCCCAUGUCGCUUUUCCCCUAAAACCCUACCGCAAUCCCAAGCCGAAGCCGAAACCCCAAUCCUCCGAUCCCACCCCGCCCCAAUCCUCGAACCCCGACGAGGCCUCUGCGAGAUCGAACUCCGGGUUCAAUUCCAGCGGCUCCGACGACCAUGAAGCUCAAAUUGUCGUCACACCCACUCCUAGAUCGAGGGAAACCUUCUUGGAUUCCGUUGAUAAUGCUGCUCAACAUGACAAAUCAGACCAUUCUAUAGAUUACACACAACAAACUGCAGAAAGAAGACGGUGCAGGGAAAAAGCAGCAGGAAGAACAUGCCAGGGGAAAGAAGCAGGAAGAAAGUGUAAGGAAAAGGCUGUACCCUCCACUACAUUGAGUUGUCCACCAGUGCUAAGAAAUAGAAGUAUAAAGGGAAAACUGGUGAUGGACAAUGACAAAGUUGAUCACCCUAAAGCGUUUUCGGUUCCUUAUGAAAAAGCCAAAAAGAAGCAGCGCUACACAAUGCCUGAAGCCGUCAGCAAACCAAUGCUGCCUAAAGAUUUUAUUGAGAAACAGAAAGCUUACUUUGCAGAGAUCGAUGCCUUUGAACUGCCUGAGGAGGUUGUGUCAGAGAGCGAACUGGAAUAGAAUCUAUGUUGGAUAUAUGGAUAUCUUUAAACUCUGUCGAGGUUGUCUCAGAGAGCGACUGGAAUGGCAGCGGGGCACAGGCCUACUGAGGGAUUCGACCAUACAGUAAGAUACCAGCAAAAUGCUAACCCAGGGAACCAUGUACAAUGUCACCAUAUGAGAGGUACCUGGGGAUUUCGGCAAGAUCUAAGGUUGCCUUCCCAAUGUAAAAUUGGCCAAUGUAUCACUCACCUAUUGAUUGUACUUCUGUGAAUGUGAAACUAGCAGUUCACUGACAUUGCUACUACUGAUCUGUACUUCAGCAUUAUGAGACAAAAAUGAAUCAGCUCUAUUUCUUUUCUUGACU